AUGUCCUUCAUAAACCCCGCCACAUUUGCCGCCCUCCACCCCGUCCACCACCUAAUAUUUGAAGAACUCGUCGCCUCCGCCCCUCACUCGGUCCUCCGAGUGGAGUGGACUCUAGAGGCUUUGCAAAAUACAGAGACGCUCAAGAUCUGCGACUUUGUGAGCCUCGAUACACUCUAUGAACUCACUGGUGUAGAGCCCCAUGACCAUACGCUACCCUCUCCCGCUGCUCCCUCACACGCGAUAGAAGCUAUCCCUCGCUACCGCAACAUAUACGGCAAUAUCUUCACCAAUCUUCAACGUCUCGAGUUUGGCUUUCCAGUUCUCCGAGAAAGAAUCGAUGCCUAUUUCAAUCCGCUCUUACCGGAGGAGGACCCCGGUCCGUCGGAUCGAGAGGAGAUUCUUUUCAAAUGCAUCAAGAGGCUGUUGCCGAGCAAUCUCAGGGAGGUCGUUCUCCAUUUGGACGAGGAAGGAGAGGAGUACUGGAACAAGGCUGAGGACUUCCUUGACACUCUAGCCCCUCGAGAAGCAGUCAUCUUGAUCCGAGGAAAAGUCUUGAACAGAGCCCACACUGUGGCCGAUGACGGCAGUGGAAUGACGUCGUCGACUUUUACACGAUGA